AAUUUGGAAAUAGCACACCGUGACCCGGAAGUAAGAAAUUCAGAAUUUGGAAAUAAGAAACUUUUAUGAUUUUAGAUGGAUUUUUGACAAAACAAACUUUAUUGAAGUUACAUUUUCGACUUUAAAGUCGUUCUUACAUAGUAGACUGUUCAAGAGGUGAGGAUCAACUAGGAGCCCAGUAUGGGGAAUCUCCUCAAGUUAUUAUCCAGAGACGAAAACAAAAGAGCUGAUGAUCUCAAUUAUGUAUUUGUUGAUUUUGAAAAUUGUAAACCAACUGACUUAGAAUCAGAGGUUUGGGAGAAAAUCCAGGCUGUUCUAAAGGAAGCGGAGAAUAUUUUGGCAGGGCUACGACAGUAUACGGGAGCUGCAGGUGUUAUCAGAGAUGCCAUACAGAAUCCAUCUAAUGAAGGGUUGCAAGAAAAAGCUUGGAAUGAUGUAAUUCCACUUGUAGAACAGUUACGCAAAUAUUAUGAAUUUUCCUUAUUGUUAGAAAAAAAUGUUCCAUUGUUACUACAAGCGUUAUGUUCAGCUGAUAUGACAUCGAGGGAACAUUUAGAGAAACAACAGGCUUUAUUUAAACAGUUUGCACAGGUUCUAGACUUCGUUCUCAAAUUUGACGAUCUCAAAAUGACUAAUCCUGUGAUACAGAAUGAUUUUAGUUAUUACAGACGGACAGAAAGCAGACGAAGAAUGGUUACUAGUGAUUCCUCAGAAAAUAAUGAGAAAGUUCCACAUGAAAUAGCCAACAGAAUGUCAUUGUUUUACGCACACUCAACUCCCAUGUUAAAGAUGCUCAGUGAUACAACUUGCACCUUUGUUUCACAGAACAAAAAUCUUCCAGUAGAAAACACAACAGACUGUUUAUGUACAAUGGCAAAUAUUUGUAGAGUGAUGAUUGAAAACCCAGAGUAUUGUUCAAGAAUACAGAAUGUUGAUACGAAGCUAUUUUGUUUACGUGUAAUGGUAGGAGUGAUUAUAUUAAACGACCAUGUACAUCCUGUCGGAGCAUUUGCUAAGAAUUCUGGGAUAGAUAUAAAAAGCUCAAUUAAACUAUUACAUGAGCAACGAGACAUGAAUGUAGAGGGAUUGCUGAAUGCUCUAAGAUAUACUACGAAACAUCUACAUGAUGAAAGUACGCCAAAAAGUGUUCGGCAGUUACUACUUGACUAAAGAAUGUAAAGCUAUAUGUUUUAACAAUUGUACCAAAUAUUCAUCUCUUUGAUAUACAUUGUUCAACAUUUCUAUGAGAUAACUGCUUUAAGCCUCUACCUGCUGAACUUGUUUAAAUGGACUUGUCCAGUUUCCAUUUUUUGAAACUGUUCAUUAUCAAUAUAGGGAUAUGGAAAUUAAUGUGAAACAACCAACUGUAUAGCGCCUGGCCAGACUGCUUUGUGCCGGCUGGUCUGGCUCUAUACUGGUGGCAAAGGCUGAUCACUUUGGGUUCUAGCAGGUUCAGGGGUUUAAAUACAAUAGUUCUUCCAUGUGCAACUUUUAUCUCAACACUGGGAAUAUUCUUCUUAUUAAUUAGAAGAAAACAACUAUCUACAAACUUGAAAUUAGUGCAUUAUUAAAUAUGUACAACAAUAACUUUUAUAUGCUUUGUUACUACAAACGAUAGUGGAGAAAAAAUGACAUCUGUUAACUAAGUAAACCAAACAUAAUAUGUUUAUACAUAAUACAUUCUGCUUUUAUAUAGGCCUAUCCAUAACUUUGAGAGUCUAACUCUUUGAGAGUUUAUAACACUGUAGAGAAUGUAGUAUUGAUACCUAUAAACUUAAAAUAUUUUAAGGUAUAGUAAAUAUUGAUACAUAAAUUUAUUUUAAGGUAUCCGAAAAUGGAUGAAAAAAAAAUGCUGUACAAAAUUUUCAUAGUGUUAGAUUUUACUCUUGUAUUUUUGAGCCAUCUUUGUUAUUGUUAAAGCUCGAUGUCUGCCUAGUAAUGUGGGUGUUGCUGUUUUUUUUUUGUCUUGAAUACGUGGUGUUCAUUGAGUUAUUUGACUAUCAAGCCAUUUACAAUCUCAUCAUUCCAGGGUAUGUCUAAUUGUAGGAGCAGGAAAGGCUACUAUUUCUCUAGUAUAUAUUCUUACAGCAUAUGACACUGCAUAGGUUACCUAUUUUAUAUUGCUUAAACAGAAUAUGGUAUAAUGUACUUUUUCUAGAGAAUUUGACUGUUUCUUUUUUAGUUUUUUCUUCCAACAGGAUAUCAUAUGUUUCUGUGUGUACAAGAUACAAUUCUGUUUUUACAGCAUUUGAUAACUACAUUGUAGUUCUUUAGGUUACGAUAACUGUUUCUUCACGAUAUGAUAACUCUUUGUACAGGCUAGGAUUACUGUUUCUUUAGGAUAUGGUAAUUGUUUUUCAGGAUAUGAUAAUUCUAUCUACAAGAUAUGAUAUUUAUCACUAUACAAUAUGUCUAUAUUGAAUUAUACUGUUUUAGAAGCAUGUUUCUAUAGGAACUGUCCUGUUUCUAUAAGAUAGGAUACAAUUUCUUUUGAAUAUAAAUAUAAAAUUUAGCAUCUUUUUUUAGUUUGUCUAAACAUAUUGCAUGUUUUUUACUGCAUGCAUUACUUUUUUUGAGAGUUUGUUUUUAAAAAUGUGAUGCUAUUUCAAUUUUUGUGUGGACAAAGAAAUAUCACUGCUAGAGUUCAGAUAGAUACAAUGUUUUUCAUCUCAAAAUUUAUGUUUCCCACCAUUUAAUUCCUAAAACUAUUGGUCUCAUGUGGUUGUUUUUUUCCAUACUGAAAGGUAUUUGUUUACCAUAUUUUUAAUGAAAUUACAUUAACUACUAAUUUUCUGACAAGAUAUUUGCUAAUCUACAUGUACUAAUUGUAGAGUUUUAGAAUGCUCAAUUUUCAAUAUCACAUUUAUAUUGUUGUUGGCAAACAGCAAGUUCCAUAAAGUCUAAAACACUAGACAUGAGUUUGUAUAGAUAAACAGUUAUUUUAAGUUUGCUAAAUGCCUCAUUUUCAAGAAUAUACUGAUUUCACUUAAUCUCUUAAUUUAUUAAAUCUGUUCAAAAGAUUAAGUCACCUCAUGUGUCCGAAUUUUGCAGAUUGAAACAUUUAUCAUUGUAUUUGUAAUUUUAUUCUGAUGUAUCUUUAAGCCAUCAAUUUUCACAAUAAGUGCUACUUUCUUCAGUAUAUUAACUUUUUGAGUAUGGAAUAAGAAGAAUACAUUCUAUCUUUAAUGAAUAAGUUGGCAUUAAUAAUACUUCUACAUUUCUUACUUGAAAGUUAGAGAGACAUUAGGGGACAUAACUCUGAUAUUUUUUCAUCUAUUGAAGAUUUUGCCCUGUGAUGUUAACCAACAAUAUGAUAGCGUAUUUAUCACUAUAAAUUGUCAUUGCCAGUAAGUAAAACGAAUCACUAUGGUGCUUAUAUAAACUAUCAGUUGAUUGAAUCACAAAAUCUGCAAUUUACAAUCACCAAGGUGCUUGAUUAUAAUAUGUAUUCAUAGAUAAAUGAUUAGAUUUGUUUUCCUAUCAGAUAAUAAUAUUGUAUAAAUGUAUAUUUGACCUUAACUUUGAUGUUCAGAUAAUGUUGCAAUGUCUUUUCCUCCAUAACUGGUUUAGAAAUAAUGUUGAAUAUGUAUAAGGUAAAUCCACUGGUGUUUUUCAACCAUUUACCUACUGAUUUUUUUGCAACAGAAUUGUCCUACUUGGAAUUUGGAACAGUCCCAUUUAAGUAAAGAGAAUUUUAAAAUUCAGCUACCAACAGUACAAAACCUGUCAGAUUGCAUGUAAAUACAGGUUGGCCUGACUACUGGUGACAAAAACUUAUAUCUAUUGGUUAAAGCAGGUUAAUGGUUAAGAUGGUAGAUAAAAAUUGACCAAUAAUAUGACAGCUUACUUGGCUGGAUAAACAAUAGACUGUAGGAGGGUUAGAGAGAAAUGAGUGGAUUUUUAUUUAAUUUUUUUUGUUUGUUUGUUUUUGGCCUAAAUCAUAAGACAAGUAAGACUUGAUAUCCUGAAUAAGAAUUACAUAUGCGCAGGCUGGUCUGGUUCCAUGCUGGUUGCAAACCCAUUAUGUUCAUUUUGUCAUGGCGCGGCUCAUAUGCGAAAUAAGAAUAACAUAAUCAUCAGCAAGUUUGCUUUUAUUUUUCAUAAUCAUUUGUUUUCAAUCUGAAUUAUAUUAAAUGAAAGAGCUAAUGUAGUUUUGUAUAGAUGAAUUAAUAGAAUGAAAAUGCAUUCCAUUUUCUAUAGUAAAGACCGUGCAUAAUUUACAUUUCUUGGUAUAGUUUCUAUUGUAAAUUUGUUAUGUCUAGUUUUAAAUUAGCAAUAUAUGGAGUAUAAGUAGGCUUUUAAAAGAAAUAUGCUUGUUCUAGAUUAAUGUUAAUUCCUGUAUGACACAUGUAGUUAAAUAUUGUUAAUUAGACAGAUUAUAUCACGGUUAAAAUUAUAUUAUGUCAGAAUGAAAUCAUUUAUUAUCACUGUUAAUUUGUUGGAAUCCUAUCAGUAAUAAUGAAUUCUGUCAUGUGAGAGAGCUUUCCAGCUAGCUCCUUGAAGUUGUCUGGUUUUACCUGGCAGUAUAUGCUUGUGUCUCCAAUCCAAUGAGAGGAACUUCCACCAGUUUACUAGAUAGUUGCCAAAUAACACAAAAAGUGUUGCUGUGUCCAUUAAAUAUAACUAAAACUGUAAA